AUGGCAGCCAAGCCUUCGUGUUUGCGAGUACUUCGCCGCAUUCGCAGAGUGACAUCCCCUAGACCUCCGCUCUCACGGGAGGACUCUCCAUGUAUGCGGAAGAGGCCGAGUUGGUUGCCGGAGAACUGGGCAUUCCAAGCAGUACUUCGCACCUCUAGCGUCACUGCCGGAUUUAUUGAUAAAUUCUACUAUGAACCGAUCACUGGAGAUAAAUUCCUAUCAAACAAUGAGGUUCAUUAUUUUCUGGAAAUGGGUGGAAAGCGCAAGAAGGUAUGCACUGAGAGUAGUAGUACUGAUUGUACAACAUCUGAGGCCUUCAAAAGUAAAAAGAAGAAGAGCAACUCGAAAACAAAGAAAGUUAAUACUCCUUUUUACUUUGAUUCUGCAAAUCCACUAGAGAGCGUGUGCUGGACACAGACAGAUAGUUCUGCAGAUACUUGGGAACCUUUAAUCAAUGGAAACAUGAUUUCUGGAAUUGAAAAACAGGAAUGGGAUGUUUUCUUCACAAGUGUAUCGAAGCUCAAGCUAAGCAACACAAAAAAAGAGGAAUAG